AUGGGGGAGGAUGUAAAUCUCUUAAAACAGCUUAUCGAACAAGAUCUUCGAUUGACUCUACGGUGCUUAGCAGAGCACUUUGGGUGCUCCCAUUUUGCAGUGGAAAAACAUCUGAUCCAAUUAGACAAGACAUGGAAAUAUGGAGUUUGGAUACCACAAGAGUUAUCAUUACAUCAGCUACAACAUCGGGUUGAUGCUUGUAUGGAUUUAAUGACGUCUCAUCGCAAUUACCAAUGGCUUAGCCCUGGCCAGACAGGCGUAGCAACACCUAAGCCUGAUUUCCCUCGCAAAAAGAUGAUUUUGAGCGUUUGGCGGGGCCUCAGUGGUAUUAUUCAUUGGAAAAUUUUUCCAACUGGUUAUACCUUGACAACGCCCGACCAAAUUUUGCAAAGCUGA